AUUCCACAUUCCCCAGCACAGCACAGGGACAGGUUCCGCUCACGGAAUGUCCUUUCUGACAGACGCUCUCUCAGUCCUCCACACACCCUGAUCUGGUCUGAUUUCACUCCCUGCACAGGAUUUCCCAUUCCCAAACCUGACCUGAUCACCCGGCUGGAACGAGGGGAAGAGCCGUGGGUACCCGAUCUCCAGGUCUGUGAGGAAAGAGAGAUCCCGAGAGGCGCCCACACAGGUGACGAGACAGUGAGUGAGAACGAGGAGGUGAAUCAACAGCAGGAUGUUCCUGGGUCUGGGGAAUCACAGGGGACCUUUGUGAGAAGAGCUGAAGGGAAUUUUCCCCAGUGCUUGGAACAGGGAGAAGCCUGGGGAAAUUGGCAGAGGUCAGAGAGGCUGCCGGGAAUCCACUCAAAGGAGCAAAUGGAUGAAUCUGUUAUAUAUGUGGAAGGACACAGGAAUCCCACAGACCGGCAGAGAACCCCCAAGGAAGACAAACACCAUAAAUACCUCGGUUCUGUUACGCUUCAAGCAAUAAAUACUGGAGAGAAAACACUUCAAUCGUUGGACUGUGGGGAACACUUCAAUAAGGGCUCAGAUCUUGCUAACCAUGGGAGAAGCCACCCGGGAGAGAGACCCUCUCAGUACCUUGAGGGCAGCAAUUGUUUGAUUUGCAAGUCAGCGCUCAUUAGACAUCAGAAAAUCCACACAGGGGACAGACCACAUAAGUGCUUAGACUGUGGGGAAAGUUUCAGACACAGGUCAACCCUUCUUAAACAUCAG